AUGCCGGGAGUGACCUUUCUAUCUGCCGUCGCAGCGCUGGUUGCGGCCCUCGUUUACCUCGUCAAUGUUCUGGUUGUAGAACCAUUGAUCACCAGCCCUUUGAGCAAUAUCCCUGGACCAAAGUCUUUUGCCCUCAGCCGCUGGCGACUGGCUUGGGAAGACUGGAAUGCCACGCGUACGCGGACCAUCCUUCGAUUGCACUCCGAAUACGGUCCGGUAGUGCGCAUCGGGCCAAAUGAGGUGUCUUUCAACAGCCUGAGUGCAUUGCGGACCAUCUACGGGCCUGGCAGUCGAUUUGGCAGGACGACAUUUUACCGCAUGUUUGAUGUGUACGGCGAGCAAAACCUGUUCACAUUCCACUCGACGAAGGAACACGGCAACAGGAAGAAACUACUUUCCCAUGCCUAUUCGAAGUCGGUUGUGCUGAAGCAGCCAACGACACGCCUCGUGGAGGAGAAGGCCCGACAGUAUCUUGACUUGAUCAGCACUGAGCCACAGGGCAUCAGCGAUGUCUUUCUCUCGAUGCACUACUACUCGCUAGACAACAUCACCGCUUUUGUCUAUGGAAAACAUGGGUCGACGCGUGCCCUGCAGGGGUCGAAGAAUGAUCGAGCCUUGAUUGACGAUAUCUUGCACCCAUCGCGCCGCCGGCUAUCGUGGUUCUUGGUGCACUUUCCAUCAUACACAAAGUGGCUGUACUCAUGCAAACCAUUCAUGGCCUGGAUUGUAAAGCCGAUCCUGCCCAUGCAACAACCGACUACAUAUACCAGCAUACGGAGAUUCGCGUUGCAAGCUUUUCAGAAUCUCAAAUCGGCGCAGAAGGGCUCAAAGAUCUCGGGGAACUGGAGCAGUGCUGAAGACUCAUCUAUAAUCGGCCAGCUAUGGCGCUAUCAUGAGUCGCAACAGCCCAACGGUAUGAAUGACAUGCAAUUGGCUUCGGAAUGCGCAGACCAUUUCCUCGCCGGAAUCGAUACGACGAGCGAUACCCUCAUGUUUCUGGUUUGGGCGCUCUCUCUUCCCGAAAACGAGAAGUGCCAGGCCAAGUUGAGAGACGAGGUAAUGGGCCUGACAGGAGAUGCGCUUAAUGAGUAUGGACAUCCACGCGUGGACGCCUCAGAUCGAUGCACAUAUCUCAACGCGGUCAUUAAGGAAACAUUGAGACUUUACGCGCCCCUACCGAGUACCGAACCGAGAUCCACGAAUGCGCAGUCAAUAGUCGACGGCUUCCAGAUUCCACCAAACACUGUUGUCGGGAUGUCGCCUUAUAUCAUUCACCGUGAUCCGACGGUGUUCAAAGACCCCAGGACAUUCAACCCGGAGAGGUGGUUAGGAUCAGAAGCAGUUGAAUUAAACCGUCAUUUUUGGGCGUUCUCGAGUGGUGGAAGAAUGUGCAUCGGCAUGCAGUAA